AUGGCGGGUGCUCUGAGGGGCUGGGGCUGCCGAGAGCUGCUCCUGCUCUUGCUGCUCUUGGGGAUGCAGCGGGGAGCCAGGGCCGGGCAGAUCCGCUACUCAGUGCAGGAGGAACUGGACAAAGGCUCCUUCGUGGGCAACAUCGCCAAGGAUCUCGGACUGGAGCCUCAGGAGUUGGCGGAGCGAGGAGUCCGCAUCAUCUCCAGAGGUAGGACGCAGCUUUUUGCUCUGAACCCAGGAAGUGGCAGCUUGGUUACCGCGGGCAGGAUAGACCGGGAGGAGCUCUGCGCUCAGAGCGCGCGGUGUCUGGUGAAUUUUAACAUCUUGGUUGAGAAUAAAAUGAAAAUUUAUGGCAUAGAAGUAGAAAUAAUCGACAUUAAUGAUAACUUCCCACGUUUUCGCGAUGAGGAAGUAAAAGUAAAAGUUAGUGAGAAUGCUGCUACAGGGACACGGUUAGUGCUUCCCUUUGCCCGAGAUGCGGAUGUGGGUGUGAAUUCCCUCCAGAGUUACCAGCUCAGUUCCAAUAUACACUUCUCUCUGGAUGAGAAAAGUGGAAGUGAUGGACAAAAAUAUCCCGAGCUGGUACUAGAACAGCCCUUGGACCGGGAGAAAGCGGCUGUUCACGACCUCCUCCUCACAGCUUUAGAUGGCGGAGACCCCGUACUCUCCAGCACCACGCACAUCCGCGUGAUGGUCCUUGACGCAAAUGAUAACGCGCCCCAGUUCACUCGAUCCGAGUACAGGGUGAGUGUUCCAGAGAACAUAGCUGUGGGCACUCGGCUGCUCACCCUAACCGCCACGGAUCCAGAUGAGGGAAUAAAUGGAAAAUUGACCUACUCUUUUCGCAAUGAAGAAGACAAAAUCUCACAGACUUUCCAACUUGAUUCCAACCUGGGUGGAAUUUCAACAGUGCAGUCACUGGAUUAUGAAGAGUCCAGAUUCUACCUCAUGGAAGUGGUAGCUCAGGAUGGAGGUGCUCUCCUUGCCAGCGCUACGGUGUUGGUCACAGUACAGGAUGUGAAUGACAAUGUCCCGGAAAUGAUCCUCACCUCUCUCGCCAGUUCCGUCUCUGAAGAUUGUCUUCCUGGAACUGUAAUUGCAUUGUUUAGUGUACAUGAUGGUGAUUCUGGAGAGAAUGGGGAGAUUGCAUGUUCUAUCUCUGGGAACUUGCCCUUUAAAUUGGAAAAGUCAGUUGAUAAUUACUAUCACUUAUUGACAACUAGAACCCUGGACAGAGAAGAGAUCUCAGAGUAUAACAUCACAUUAACUGUCAUUGACCGUGGAAACCCACCCCUGUCUACAGAAAACCACAUCUCACUGAAAGUGGCAGACGUCAAUGACAAUCCUCCCAUCUUUCCUCACACUUCGUACUCUACCUAUAUUCCAGAAAACAAUCCCAGAGGCAUCUCGAUAUUCUCUGUGACGGCCAAUGACCCUGACAGUGGCAACAAUGCUCAGGUCACUUAUUCUCUAGCCAAGGACACAUUUCAGGGAAUGCCUCUUUCCUCCUUCAUCUCCAUAAACUCUGACACCGGUGUUCUGUAUGCACUGAGCUCUUUUGACUAUGAGCAGGUUAGAGACCUGCAACUGUGGGUGACAGCCAGUGACAAUGGAGACCCUCCACUUAGCAGUAAUGUGUCCCUGAGCCUGUUCAUGUUGGAUCAGAAUGACAACACUCCUGAAAUCCUCUACCCCACACUUCCCACUGAUGGUUCCACCGGUGUGGAGCUGGCACCACGUUCCGCGGAACUUGGCUACCUGGUGACCAAGGUGGUGGCGGUGGACAGAGACUCAGGCCAGAACGCGUGGCUGUCCUACCGCCUGCUCAAGGCCAGUGAGCCAGGACUCUUCAUGGUGGGGCUGCACACGGGAGAGGUGCGCACUGCGCGGGCCCUGCUGGACAGAGAUGCGCUCAAGCAGAGCCUGGUGGUGGCAGUUCAGGACCAUGGCCAGCCCCCUCUCUCUGCCACUGUCACUCUCACUGUGGCAGUGGCUGACAGCAUCCCAGAUGUCCUGGCCGACCUGGGCAAUCUGGAGCCCUCCGCUGACCCUGAUGACUCCAGCCUCACUCUGUACCUGGUGGUGGCAGUGGCAGUGGUCUCCUGUGUCUUCCUUGCCUUUGUUAUCAUCUUGCUGGCACUCAGGCUGAGGCGCUGGCACACAUCAUGUCUGCACCAGGCUUCAGGAGGUGGGUUGGCAGGUGUGCCCACCUCACACUUUGUGGGCGUGGAUGGGGUGCAGGCUUUCCUGCAAACCUAUUCCCAUGAGGUCUGCCUCACUGCUGACUCUGGGAAGAGUCACCUGAUCUUCCCCCAACCCAACUAUGCUGAUACACUCAUCAGCCAGGAGAGCUGUGGGAAAAGCGAGCCUCUUCUGAUAUCAGAGAAGAUAAAUGUAAACGAAGGACUAGAAGUUGUUCAGGUGAGUUUUCUUUCUUAA